AUGUCGUGCGGCAGCGGUCUUUUAAAAAUCUUUCUCUUCGUGUCCAAUGUUGUGUUUGUGCUUGCUGGUUUAGCUUUGGUGAUAAUUGGCGGAAUAUCUUUAAGCAACAUUAAAAACUACAAGGAGGCAAUACCUGAAGAUGUGUCACUUCAACAAAUUCCCAUUUUAACAAUUGUGAUCGGAUCAAUAAUUUUAGUGAUUUCGUUCUUGGGAUGCUGUGGCGCAUGCACGUCUAGUGUCUGCAUGUUGUAUUCGUAUGGUAUAAUAUUGUUUGUGCUUCUUCUCGUGCAAAUUGCCCUUGGGGCGUAUGCCAUACUGACAAUAAAAGAUGCGGACAAUAUGCAAGGGAAAAUUCAUGAUGUUUUCGAAAAAUUGUACAAAAGCAAUGAUCCAGCUGUAAAAAACCUGGUCAAGGAUAUAAAGGAUGUGUUCAAAUGUACAGAGUCCGGCUCGCACCCCUGCGAUGUUGCUUUUUACGAUUGGCUGUGUGAUUCACUUUCGACAUUGGGUAUCGUCCUUUUAGCACUAGUAGCCAUUGAAGUUGUUGGUGCCGUCUUUUCAUUUUGUUUGGGAUGCUCAAUUAAUAGAAAAGGAUAUUAG